GUGUGUGUGUGUGAACGUGUUGUAACCUGUGUGUAUAUAUAUAACUAAUAAAUCAUCCUCGUAUGUAUAGUUGUUACAAUUGCAAAACUACACCUUUUCUCCUCUCCAACUGAAAUAUAUAUAAUUAAUCAUUAAUCAUGCAGGCACAAUUGUUACCGGCGAUGAGCUUAUUUGCCGGUAACUAUGGAAAUGAUCAAUUGUUGGCUUCUCAGCCCUCCUUCAAAAGAUUGGAGGGAAAAGUAGCAAUAGUUACCGGCGGCGCAAGAGGCAUCGGAGAGGCAACGGUAAGGCUCUUCGCCGCCCACGGUGCUAAAGUAAUAAUCGCUGACGUGGAGGACUCCCUCGGGAACUUAGUUGCCAGCUCACUAUCCCCACAUGACGUCACAUACGCCCACUGUGACGUCACCUCUGAGCAAGAUAUAGAAACCCUAGUAAACGACGCCGUUUCCAGCCACGGGAAGAUCGACGUCUUCUUCAGCAACGCCGGCGUCCUCGGCGACCAGUCGAAGCACAAGAGCAUCCUAGAUUUCGACGCCGACGAGUUCGAACAGGUCAUGAGGGUCAACGUCAGGGGCACAGCUCUCGGGAUGAAGCACUCCGCCCGCGCCAUGAUCAACGGCGGCGGCGGCGGGUGUAUAAUCUGCACGGCCAGCGUGGCAGGGGUGAUGGGGGGGCUGGGCCCCCACGCGUACACGGCGUCGAAGCACGCGGUGGUGGGUCUGGUGAAGAACGCGGCCUGUGAGCUGGGACGGCACGGGAUUCGAGUCAACUGCAUCUCCCCCUUCGGGGUGGCGACACGGAUGCUGGUGACAGCGUGGCGGAAGGAUGACGGCGGCGGCGGCGGCGAUGUGAGUGAGGAGGAGGUGGAGAAGACGGAGGAGUUUGUGAGGGGGCUGGGGAAUUUGAAAGGGGUAACCCUAAGAGCAAGAGAUAUAGCGGAGGCGGUGGUUUUCCUAUCAAGUGAUGAAUCCAGGUAUAUUAGUGGUCAUAAUCUUGUUGUUGAUGGUGGCGUCACUACUUUUAAGAAUUUUGUUAAUUUGUAAUUAAUUAUCAUUUCUU